AUGGAACGGAUUGACUUUGCUGGUUCUGAGGUCAACCGCAAGGCCGUCUCUGUAGAUGGCCACAGUGUGUUUACCAGGGAAGCUAGCCCUGCCGCUUCGGGCAAACAUGAGGACCAAAGCCAAAGGAAGACCCACCAUAGGUCGUCCACGGCAUUCCGUGUGGCCGACUUGCUAUCGGAUCCCAGACUGAAUGCAGCGCAAGAUCUCCAACAUGAAGACAAGCCAGUUGAGAUGGUCACUACAGGUGAUCAGGAACGGCAGCUUCCACCCAUGGGGAUCUCAGAUGAGACUAGCGACUCGAUAGAAACAGGGGACUCUAGUAGCUCGAGCGAAAGUGGCUCUACUGUCACCAACAGUACUUCCAAUGGUGGCUCCCGCCCUCGCGAGGCUUCUCAGACCGUGGACCACGUCGUUCCUGAAACGGAUGUGCUGAGCUUCUUGGAUGCAGACUCCCCGCAGGUCACGCCAGAGGCCAUCAGAGCAUCGCUGCAGAACGCAUUUACCUGUCACUCUGAGGCUUUCUCGGACGAUUUAUCGUCCAUUUACAGAGACACUCACCCGAAUCACCCGGCCAGCUUGGAGAGCAACGGGGUGAAAGGAGACGACGACGUGCAGCAGAGUCCUAGUAGUCCACACAUGCGGCAGAUCCUAGAUAACGCCAGGCCUGAGCGUCCGAAUAUCUCAACCUCCAAGGUCCAUCGGAGUUAUGGCACCCCGGAAAUGCCGCGAGGCAAGGCAAAGCUUCCUCAUAUCUCACCGAACGCUUUGACGCCACGUGCUCCAGCUCAGCCGCAGGUCCACGUGAAGCAUCUGCCACGGGCUGAGAAGCUGCCUCUGACGGGUUAUGAGCAGUUGGCUUCGCGACUCUCGUCUCAAGGCCCCGGCCCUGCCCUACGGCCGAUAUAUCGCAGAUUCGGUAUGCUCAACCACAGACUCCUUCUACACCUCCAGGAUGAGCUGUGCGAGCUAGAGGAGCAACUACACAGGCUCGACACGGCGGAUACACAGAACAGACGGCUACAAAACGGAAUAUUGCCCUCCUCCCGAAGGGCAGAUUCUCUGUCGGCUGGCGAGCUCCAGUGGCACAAGACGGAUGUAUUGGGCAAGAUAGGGUUCAAGCUGGAACAGUACAACCGGGUUCUGGAAUCGUUUCAAGCCACGAAGUCACUACAAUCACCUACGCUUGCCGAUGUUCAUGAGUACCGUGGCUACCUAGCAACACACGCCCCGAUCAUAGAGUCCGAAACCCAGUUUCUCGACGCAACCGAUGGACUCGUUUGCGUUGGAGAACUAGACACAGACGAUGACUCGGACGAAGAUGGCGCCGACACGCCACUACCGCGAGAGGAUGUCAGCUUCCCGGGCAUCCAAGCGACGGACCAAUCGCCUCAGCACAGGGUGCCCAGUAUACGGCAUGACUCAGCAGUGACUGUCCUUGUGACCAUGUUACAGGUUUUGCUGGCUUUCACAUUAGUGUAUUCCAUUGUGACGUGGGGUCCAGGAUUCGGGGUAAUAGGACGCUUCCUUGUGGCAAGCCUGUGCGUGUUGGGUGUCCCUCUACAUAGCCGAAGUCCAGCACUAGACACCCUCAAAACGAAAGAGAUAUGGUCAUAUGCCUGGGCCUUUGCGGCAAUCAUGGCAAUCAUUGCCAGCACCACUCGGUGGCAGAUGCAAAGCGGCGUGGACUCGCCGGGCGCUGGACAGAAGAAGGCUACUUCUGUAACGCCUCUCUGCAUUGUCGUUCUGGUUGGUGGAGGCUUGAAUAUCAGGGGUGGGAGUUCGGCGUCGAGAGACUGA